AUGCUGCUGCAGGUCUUUCUCAACCGGCUGCUGCUGUCUCUCGACCUUCUGAGCACCCCGGACACAGCAGCAGCAGCAGCAGCAACAGCAGCAGCAGCAGCAGCAGCAGAAGGGCCUCGCGAGAGCAGGCUAGCUGUUGGCGCGUCUUUAUCUCCCCUCGCUUCGCUGCUCGUGCAGUUGCAGCAGCAGCAGCAGCAGCAGCAGCAGCAGAGCGGACAGGGGAGCUCCGACAAGGCCGCAGCAGCAGCAGCAGCAGGUGCUGCUGCUGCUGCUGAAGGCGCCAUCGACAUGCGGCCGCUGCUGCCAGAUGGAGCAGCAGCAAAAGGGUUUGUUGGGGUGUACAGACAGCUCGCGAGGUCUUCUUUUGUCCUUUUGUCUCCUUCGCUCUCUUUGCUGCGCUCGCUGUCUCCGCAGCUGCAGCUGCAGCGCAGCAGCAGCAGCAGCAGCAGCAGCAGCACGGCGCUGCUGGCAGCAGCGCUGCGCAAAGUCGCAACCGGCAGAGCAGCAAGGAGCUGGUCGCUGGGGGUGGUGGCGGACAUGCAGCAGCUAAUUGCCUACGGCCUUUGCUGCAGCGCCACAGAG